UUCUGUUCUGUGUAUCUUUGCGUGUGUGUGUUUUAGAGCGAGGGAAGAGAGAGCAUAGGAAAACACAAAGUUUUUUUCAACGAACGAAAAGUGAUAGUGAAUGGAGGAGGAUUUGGCGGUAGUCUGUGAGGUUAUGCAACGGAAAAGCAAUUGAAUCGUGAUUUGCUGCAUGCGUUUUCAGCGACGUCGCUAAAAUGUAUGUGGAGGAUCUGAAGAAGGAUUUCUACGAGUUCCUGGCUGGAAAGAGGAUAUUUUUGAUGGUAAAUUAUGACAUAGACAGUAUAUGCGCGUGCAAGAUACUGCAGUCUCUGCUCAAGUACAAGCAUGUGGUGUACACGUUGGUGGUGGUCAAGGGAAUCGAAGACCUGAAGACCGCAUUCAACGAGAACUGCGAAGAUGUCAAAUACUUCAUAAUGAUCAACUGCGGCGGAACGAUCGACAUCGUCGAUUUAUUGGAGCCCGAGGAUGAGAUCACCUUCUAUAUCUUGGACUCGCAUCGACCCACCGAUCUGUGCAACAUCUACAGCAACGGGCAGAUCCGACUGCUGUGGAAUCCGGAGGACGACUGCGAAGUACCGGAUUUCCAUUCAGUGUUCAGAGAGGAUGAGUCUGAUGAAGACGAGGAAGAUGAUGAUGAAGAUAGCGAGGAGGGCAGAUCGAAGCGGCGGAGAUUGGGCGAAGAGGCUAUAAUGGCGAGGAGGGAGAGGAGACUGUGGGAGGAUAACAGGAACCGGAUAAUGUUUGAGUAUUCCCAAUUCACGUUUUACGGAAAAGCGAGCGCGUUGUUGAUGUUCGACUUGGCUUGGAAAUUGAAUAAGGACGAUAAGGAUUUGUUGUGGCUGGCCAUCGUUUCCUUGACGGAGCAAAUGGUUUUCGGAAAGAUUGAAAACACGCAAUACGUUCUGGAGACGGGAAACCUUCAAGCGCACGCCAACAGAUUGCAAAACAGGACCAAUGACACGGAUGUCCACACUUCGCUGAAAAUCACAUUCGAAAAGGACCUGAGGUUAAUACUUUACAGACAUUGGACCGUUGAGUCGAGCCUCAAGCAUUCCAUGUUCACCGCAUGCAAAUUACGUUUGUGGUCGUUGAAAGGCGACAAAAAGCUGAACCAACUUUUGGCCGAUAUGGGGUUGCCGUUGGCGCAAAGCAAGCAGAGCUACCGCUCGAUGGAUCUCCAGCUGCGCCAGGAAUUCCAAGGAUCCAUCGAGAAACUUUCGGAGAAGUACGAUCUUGAUGGGAUAGUUUACGCAUCGUUCACGCUCCAGUACGGGUACAGGAAUAAAUUUUGCGCAUCGGACAUCGUCUUCGCGAUGUUAGCAAUUUUGGAAUCCGCUAGCAAGGAUAAGAGGCCGGAGGAGUGCUUCCACUCGUCGCUCGAGUGUCUUUCGCGGAGCAAGAGCAAUCUCCUGUACGCGGGAAUCGAUCGGGCCAAGACGAUCACGGUGAAGCUGUUCAAGACCGUGCAGAGCGCGCUCGACAUGAAGCACAUCGUCUCCGCCGGGCCCUUCGUCUACUACAUAGUGCAGGAAGGUUGUUUGGAUUGGUACAUGUACUCGCAGCAGCACAUCCUAUCGCUGCUCGCCCAAUUCAUCCUGCGCGCCUACGUCUCGAUGUCCAAAAACCGGAGAGCCGCAAGUCUACCGUUGAUCGUGUCCGCGCCGCACGACAUCGAAACCGGAAUGUGCAUUGUCCUGGGGAUUCCACCGCUCUGCGAGAACUCCCCGAAAAAUUUCUUCGGAAAAGCCUUCGAGCAAGCGGCGGAGCGAACGAACUGUGAUACUGGAUGCGAUUUCUUCGAUACAGCUUAUUUCAAAUUACACACGAAACACCGGACGAGGUUCUUCGACGCAUUAACCACAUUGCUAAGUUAAUCUUCGAUACAUUUUCCGGACAAGCAAAGAGUGAGAGUGAAACCGAAACGUGCCUCAAUACUUCUUAUAUGCAGUUAAGCCUUUCGUAUUUAUUUAUUGAUGAACUUUUCUUCGCCUAUACACACACCUACAUGCUAAGCAAACAAAACAAAAAGUGCCAAAAUCGCAAAUAAUAUCACCACAUUAUUAUCACGUUUAAUUGUAAAUAAUUCCAUUUGAAAACCACUCGAUUUAUCUUUUCUUUUUAACACUUAAGAUCAAUUUUGUUAUAUUAAUUAGGCAAUAUUAUUGGAAACAACGCGUCUGUGCGGUCUUUGAACGAAUUAUUAUGUUAUUUUUUUUAAUUUGUUUUUAGGAAAUCUUUGUAAAUAGUUUCUUUUAUAUAUACACAUAUA